AUGGGCCAACGGGUGCACUUGGUGGCUGCCGCGCUCCUCCUAGCUAUCCUCAUCACGGCGAACUGGUUCUCUGGCGACCUGCGAGACCUGAUUGGCUACUGCCCGCGGAUAGGAUACCUUCUUCAGACGGUGAAUGGAGUUGGGCGGGGGCCUUCCGUCGCCGGCGACAACCAUGAUAACAGACCUCUAGCUGCAAAUCUAUCCGCUUGCCACGCGUCGUUAACCGACGCCGAUCGCCCGACUUACUGCUGCCCACCUAGGAGGGACGCAGAUCAGAUUGUGGUGGAGUUUCAACUACCAGAGAUUGCUCCAUCCCCUCUCCGUGUGCGCCGCCCGGCUCAUCUCCUCGACAGCGAUUACGUCGCCAAGUAUGAGAAGGCGGUGGCCAUCAUGAAAUCCCUCCCUUCAGAUCAUCCUCACAGCUUCCUCCGCCAGGCCAACAACCACUGCCUCUACUGCACCGGCUCCUACAAUCAAGUGAACUCGACGUCUCUUUUCAAGAUCCACAGGUCAUGGUUCUUUUUCCCUUGGCACCGGGCUUUCCUGUACUUUCAUGAACGUAUCCUCGGGAAGCUCAUCGGCGACGACACAUUUGCUCUACCGUAUUGGAGUUGGGAUAAUCCGGAGGGGAUGGUGAUGCCGGAGUUCUACACCAGGGGGGCUUUCAACAGCACGCAACGCGAGCCAGGCCAUCUGCCGCCCCAUGUUGCCGACCUUAACUACCAAAGGGAGGAGACCGGAAGGAAACCUGAGGAGCAGAUGGCCGUGAACUUGGCAUUCAUGUACCACCAGAUGGUGUCAGGUGCCAGGAAGGCGGAGCUCUUCAUGGGGUGCAAGCUUACUGCCGGCGCUGAGGGAGGUUGCGAUGGACCAGGGACGAUCGAAGAUGCGCCACACAAUACCGUACACGAGUGGGUCGGAAAUGGCCUCAACCCGGAAAGAGAGUAUAUGGGUGCCUUCUACACCGCCGCCCGUGACCCCGCCUUCUACGCCCACCACGCCAACAUCGAUCGUCUGUGGACGGUGUGGCGAAAGAUAAUGGAUUCGGCCGCGCCGGAUUUUACAGAGUCAUCCUGGCUCGACACCUCAUUCACUUUCUAUGAUGAGAACCUUCGCUUCGUCAGGAUCAAGGUGCGUGACUGCCUCGACCCUGCGAAGCUCGGGUAUGCAUAUGAAAAUAUCGACCUGCCGUGGCUCAACGCCCGUCCAAAGCCGGCGGUCCCACCAGAGGUCGCGCGCAAUAUUCUGAAGAAGAAAGACGAAUGGAGCACGUUGCUCGCGUCGGGGAAUCCCGAUGGGCAAACCACGUAUUUCAACAAUGAAGAACAAGCACUUGGCGCCACAGUCAGAGCCAGAGUGCAGAGGCCGAGGAGGCACGGAGCACAGGCAGAGAAAGGGGAGGAAGAAGAGAUAUUGGUGGUGUACGGCAUUCACGUGCUGGGCGACGUGUACGCCAAGUUUGAUGUGUUCGUCAAUCUCGUUGCUGAUGAGAAGAAGGCGGGACCGCUUGCAAGGGAGUUCGCUGGAACGUUCGUCAACACGCCGCGGGGAGCGAGGAGGGUGGGUGAGGACAGACUGUCCGCCGCGUGGAGGAAGUCAACUCUGAAGCUGGGAAUCUCGGAGCUACUGGAGGACCUCAAAGCCGAUCGGGACGAGAACGUGUGGGUAUCAUUGGUGCCGAGGGCCGGUAGUGGAGCGAACAUUAUGGUCGACGGGAUCCGGAUUGAAUUACUUAGAUGA